UGUUUGUUUAUUUAGAUCUUUUAUACAGCAUGUAUUUCUUUACUUAUUAUUUUUCAUAGGAUAUAGGAUGGCGCUAGUAUUCAUCAUCACCGUCUUGUCACUAACUGGCACCCUGGUUGACUCGGCGAGCAACAUAACCAGCUGUGAUGCACCACUAAGUAACACCACGUGUGUACAGGGCUCUUGCCAGCAACCACCUUGCACUAUGCGCUGUGGUCUAACAACCCAAUAUGACACAUGUCAGCAGAGAUGCGAUGCAUGCGACUCCAUGAAAUGCAAUGCCUCGGAUCGCUGCCUGCAGCGGUGUGACGAUGGAAACUGCAAGGCCAUGACCUGUGAUGCCAAGAAUUGCGACCAAUCUUGCAACCGUGGUAAUUGCACCUCGAUUACGUGCAGUGAGAAUGCCAAGAACACUAGCACCUGCGAACAAUCAUCAACGACAGCAGAAAUGAUCUGCGGGACGGAUACCUGCUACCAGAAUUGCCAGAAGGGAAACUGCUUCAUGUUCUGCUUGUCGAGUGUUAAACAAUGCACACAGGACUGCAACGGUGGAAACUGCAGCUUCAUGUGUAAAGCCCAACAAUGUACGUUGCAUUGUGACGGGGGUUCUUGCACCGAAAUCAAGCCAUCUACCACUAAGAUGCCCGCCACCACUAAGAGCAAUGGCGGCGUUCUUCAGAUGAAAGCCUCACUUGGCUUGGGUUUAGUUUUUGCAGUGGUUUCUUUCGUGUGAAAAGAUUUGAACAAUCCGUUGGGACGGUAGAGAGAUUCUAGGCUGCUUAUGUUAGAAACAUUUAUGUCAUUUGUUUUCUUUUCUUUUUUUUUUUUUUUUUUUUUCUAUUUUGUUAACUUAUUUGCUAGUCUCGCAAGGAAACGUUCCGAUACUCACAAUUGUCAUUCAUCUUCACGUAGAAGAGAAUCGGAAGAUAUAUCCCUUAUUUUACUAGUGUGCAGUAUUUCUGCGCAGUUUUCCUAGUCUUUUGUGUUUAAAAUCACACCACGGUCGAAUCAAAGAGCACAAAGAGUCGCAAAAAUGAUAGCAAAGAAAAAUUGGUUGCUCCUGAAGUAAACAUUAUUAUUCCCGUGGACAAUCCAACCAUUUAUAAAAA